AUGGUUUAUUAUGGUUUGAAGGUGGCUAGAACUGAAGAUCUCGUCAGUUUGGCUGCUUUUAAUCUCACCAACAGCCAAUUUCAAAGAAGAAAAAAGAAAGAAAAGAAAUGUUUUGGAAAAAUUGAUGUGGUUGCUUCGUUCAAGUUAGGUGCCGAAUUUGAUGAGUGCAGCCAGUCCAAAACACACUUAUCAGGCAACAACGACCACCAGACAAGGAAGCAGGUUCCUUCCAGGUUGAGGAACUCCAGUGGAGUUAAAAAGCUUCUUGAUGGUGUUACAACUAAGUGCGAGUUGCAGUCGACCACAUCUCCAGAUGGACACAUUCUUAAUGUGAUUGAUACACCAGGGUUAUUUGGAUUUUCACCAGGGCCAACAGAGACGAUUGAAGAGAUCAGUAGAUGUAUUAAUUUUGCUAAGAAUGGAAUUCACGCUAUUCUUUUUGUUUUGUCGAUUAAGAAUCGUUUCUCGAAAGAAGAAGAAGAAGAAGCUGUUAGAAAUCUCCAGACUCAUUUCGGAGAAAAACAAUUUGUUUAUUUCAUGAUUGUUGUGUUUACUCAUGGUGAUCUCUUCAAAAGAGAUGACAACAAGAUAGGAGUAAGCGGACCAAACAAGUCCUAUACAAAUGAGAUAUUCGACGAGAUUAAGUCAGAUUUGCAUGUUCGUGUUUAUCAUGGGAAAUCACAGGGAUGCUCUGUCUAA